UGCAUGCCAGGAGCACAAAGGAAGGUGGUGGGCUGGCAGGAGGGAACAUAGGAGCCAACUCCUAGGGGCUGGGGUGUCUUCGCCCCCCCCCAAAGUUAAUGGACACUGCCAUUCAAAUGGAGGCGCCAGUAGCCGUCCGGUCGUUACGAAACCCAGCUCGUCAGCGGAGGCAAGAGCCUGCUAUUUCAGCGAGGCUUGCUCCAGAGAAAGCGCAAACAACACAACACAACACCAGGAUGGCAGCUCAAGCCUCUGGCGGAGCCAUUGUUGAUGCCAGUUUCCCACAAUGAUAUGUGCCGAAACCUCUCUCCUAGCUGGUGCCUGUCUCGGGCAGGCAGCCCGAUGCCAAUGCACGCCCAGAGCCAGCUUGAGAUAGCUACUAUGAAGCCAACUCUAAUGGUCCCAGAAUCCCAGAUGGUGAAAAACGAAGUGGAUCUUAUCAAAGCUCAGCUGUAUGCUCAAACCAAGGCUUUUCAGGCAUUGAGCCACUCAAUCACCUUGUUGGAGCAGGAGAGCAACCAGCAACAAGGUCGGAUCAAGGAGCUGGAAGAGGAGGUGCAGUUUUUUGCCCGCUCACCUCAUGGGGAGAUGUUUGAUAGCUUCAUCCAGAAAAGGAUCCAGGAUGUAUGGAAAGUCAUGAGCAGAGAGGUCCAAGGACUCCAUGGAUCCAUGAUCGAGAAGGAAAGCUCCAUGGAGAACCUGUCGCAAGCGGUCCUUGAGAGCAAGAAGUUGCUUUGGGAGGAGCUGGAAGCUGUGCAGGGUGAACUGCGGCGCAUUCAUCAGAAACUGAAGGACCAGGAGGUUGAGAUCACCAGGAACAUGGGCAGCAUUAAGAAAAUGCAGGCAAAUCAGCUGAAGUGCACCAAGUUCCUGGGCCAGCUGAAGUGCAGAACAGCAGGCGAUGCCUUAGAAGCUGCGGAUAAUAAGCCUGUGACUGAAGAGCUAAAAAAUAUCUGGUCAGCUGUCAACACGCUGCGCAACUCCUUCACCAACAGCAACUGGAGUGACAAGAGGGGGUCUCAGAGGAUGAAAGGUCGGGGCAGCCAACAUCAAAGGAAAUGUAGCUCACCUGAGGCCUUUUUAUCGGACUCAGCCCUAUAUCAGGCCCACAGUAGCUCAGAGAACAGCUCGUAGAAUGCAGAGGUAUAGAGCAAAACUCAACUCAGGAACCUGGAAAGACUGGCACCUUCCUGGGGGCUGAAUUAUGGACAGUGCAGAUGAAAUUAAACCGCGCUGCUUGGAAAGAAGGUUGUCCUGGACAUGACUAGAACAGGAACCCAGAAAGCUCCUUUCUACCAAGUCUCAGGCCCUUGGUUCGUCUAACACAAUAUCACCUGCACACUGGUUAGCAGAGGUCUUUGCCAGUCCCACCCAGAGAUGCCUAAAGGUGAACUAGGAGCCCUGGGGUGUGCAGAGUGUGUGAUCUGCCCCUGAGCCGUGGACCUUUCCUGUCGUUUAGUCGUGUCCGACUCUUCGUGACCCCAUGGACCAGAGCACGCCAGGCACUCCCGUCUUCCACUGCCUCCUGCAGUUUGGU